AUGCGCAGAUCCUACGUAAUCUUGGCGUUCGACCAUUAGGCCAACUAUUGCGGCGCGUCUUUUGUGACUGUUCUUGUAGUAGAUUGGCCGGGGAGCACGUGUUGUAGUGGAUGGAUGGUACAUCUUAAAUAACAACUAAUUAUUCAGCAUUAGGUAGAAAUAAUUAUAAUUAUUUGACAUUUACAGAUCAUAUAGUUCGAAGACCUUGACGGCUGUGGCACAUUUCUUUUUGUUUCCUAGUGCCACAAUGAAGUACAUCUUGGUCACGGGUGGUGUCAUCUCAGGUAUUGGCAAGGGCAUCAUCGCCUCGAGUGUGGGAACCAUCCUCAAGUCAUGUGGGCUCCAUGUCACUGCCAUUAAAAUUGACCCCUACAUCAACAUAGAUGCUGGGACAUUCUCUCCAUAUGAGCAUGGUGAGGUGUUUGUGCUGGAUGAUGGUGGUGAAGUGGAUCUGGAUCUAGGGAACUAUGAGAGGUUCUUGGAUAUCAGACUGACCAAAGACAACAACCUGACCACUGGGAAGAUCUACCAAUCUGUCAUCAACAAGGAGAGGAGGGGAGACUACCUGGGAAAGACUGUACAGGUGGUGCCCCACAUCACUGAUGCCAUCCAGGAGUGGGUGAUGCGUCAGGCCAAAGUGCCUGUGGACGAUGACGGUGUGGAGCCUCAGAUCUGUGUCAUUGAGCUAGGGGGCACUGUGGGAGACAUUGAGAGCAUGCCUUUCAUUGAGGCCUUCAGGCAGUUCCAGUUCAAGGUGAAAAGGGAGAACUUCUGUAACAUCCACGUCAGCCUGGUGCCACAGCCCAGUGCCACGGGAGAGCAGAAAACCAAGCCCACUCAGAACAGUAUCCGGGAGCUCCGUGGACUGGGGCUGUCUCCCGAUCUGAUCAUGUGUCGCUGUUCCAGUCCACUGGAAAACUCUGUCAAAGAGAAGAUCUCCAUGUUCUGUCACGUAGAACCAGAACAGGUGAUCUGUGUGGUAGACGUGACCUCUAUCUACAGAGUACCCAUACUAUUGGAGGACCAGGGGGUGAUGGGCUACUUCUGUCGGAGACUAGACCUGCCCAUUGAAACGCGUCCACGAAAGAUGCUCACCAAAUGGAAAGAGAUGUCAGACAGGUCAGACCGGCUUCUAGAGCACUGCUCUAUAGCUCUGGUAGGGAAAUACACCAAGUUCACAGACUCUUACGCGUCAGUAAUCAAAGCCCUGGAACAUUCAUCUCUGGCCAUCAGCCACAAACUGGAGAUUAAGUAUAUUGACUCUGCAGACUUGGAGCCCAACACGCUGCAGGAGGAGCCGGUGAAGUACCACGAAGCAUGGCAAAAACUGUGCAGUGCUGAUGGCAUCCUUGUACCUGGAGGGUUUGGAGUCAGAGGGACAGAAGGAAAGAUCCAUGCCAUCAACUGGGCACGCAAACAAAAGAAACCCUUCCUAGGUGUGUGUCUGGGGAUGCAGCUGGCUGUGUGUGAGUUUGCCAGGAAUGUUUUAGAAUGGAAAGAUGCCAACUCUACAGAGUUUGAUCCAGAAUCAAAAUAUCCUGUGGUGAUUGACAUGCCAGAACACAAUCCUGGGCAGAUGGGUGGCACAAUGAGGCUGGGAAAGAGACGGACCAUUUUCAAGAACAACAACAGUAUAUUAAGAAGACUUUAUGGUGAUGUUGACCAUGUGGAUGAGCGACACAGACAUCGCUUUGAGGUGAACCCAGAACUAAAGGAGCACUUUGAGGCAAAGGGCUUUCACUUCGUUGGUGAAGACAUAGAAGGAGAGAGAAUGGAAGUCAUUGAGCUGGACGAUCAUCCGUAUUUCGUAGGCGUGCAAUAUCAUCCUGAGUUCACCUCUCGCCCCAUCAAACCAUCUCCUCCGUACUUCGGCCUCCUCCUGGCAUCAGCUGGUAAACUGCAGAGCUACCUACAGAAAGGCUGCCGUUUGUCUCCACGGGACACAUAUAGCGAUCGGAGUGGAGGCAGCAGUCCGGACUCUGAAAUAGCGGAGUUUAAAAUUCCCUCUAUCACACAAGAUUGAGUGUGAGAGUUAAAAACAAGGGGGAAAGUAAAUUAUGAAGACACAUUUCUAUGGAUGGUCAUGAAGAUGAGGGAGGAUUUUCCUGUUGACAUUGUUUUACAUGAUCUACCUGAAAUAAUGAAGUGACAGGAAUUGUUGGACUGUUAGUAUUUUUCUAUAUGCUCCUGACAAGCACAGACAUAUUAAGUUGGACUGGCAUUUGGGGUUGAACAGACCUCAGAAGUCAGGACGGUACAAACAUAAUACAUGGUUAUUUUUUGAAAGAACUAAAGAUGACUUUGGUUUAAGUUGGAAGUGACAGCACUUUCUUAAUUUAGUCUUUAAUCAACCAUGAUAGAAUCAAUUUGUUUUCUCCGCCUGGACAUCUGUAUGCACAAGAUAACAAGCAUCCCAAGAAUGCUCUGUGAAGAUGAAAUCUCUUCUUUCAUUAAGGUUAUUCUGGGGGACUGAAAGGGGCACCCAAUACACCCCAUUUAAGUUCUUCCAAAACCAUGCGGUUUUAUGUUUUCACCAUGUCUCAGAUAUUACCAUCAAUCAAUACCAAUACCAGUUAGGUUUAGGAGUGUGGCAGGUCAUUUGGGGAGGGGGUUGCUCUGCUCUCUUUUGGGUUGUCAUUCUUAAGGUUUUCUAAGCAAAUUUGUUUGCUGGAUGCAUGUGACCAGAGUGCCCCUUGUAUCUUCUGGGUUCAUUGGAAGCCAUAAUAGUCUUGCAACCUCUGUAUCUAUGUGUGUUAGUGACCAGGUUUUACAUGUGUACCAACAACCCUAUAGAAUUCAAGAUACUCAAGUAUUGUUCUAGGGGUGACACAUAUAAAACAUAAACACCUUAUCCUGUUAACUAUAACAUGCAAUUGUUUGUCCUGGUUAUGAAGCAUAGGUGGAUGAAACAGUACCUGUUUUUUGACAUGGGUGUAGCAUCAUGGGUGUUCUGUGAGAUUUGUAAAUGAAACCUAUGUGUGUUUGAGUGAUCCCCCAUAUUUAAAUGACUGCCAACAAUCAAUAUGUACCAUACCAUAGUAGUUCAGGCAACAUGUCAUCUCGGUUCACUGAACCACUAAGCCGCAAUUACCAGAAUGCCUUAAAUCAACAGUUUGAAGGCAUUUUGUAAUGUAAACCUAAUAGAAGUUCUGUUCCAGUUCAAAAAAAUUAAAAGAAAAUUACCAACUUUUCCAAUCAUUA